ACGUCCAGAGUAGAGUCUAUGUACAGAAGCAGCCGGCCUCCUGGCCCCCGCUCUCCACGGGGCUGCUGGCGUGACGGCAGCCCAAGCUGUCUCCCGGCCCGGAGCUGCCUGCACGGUCAGCUGGUCAGCUGGGCCAGGCCAGGUGGGCAGAGAGAAGGCUGGCAUGCUCUGCCAUCCACAGCACCCCUCCCAGUCCCCUGCCCCACCCCAGGGACUUCCCUCAGACGGGCGUGUGCGGCUGUGUCAGGGAAGGUGGCAUGGAGGCAGGAGGGAGACAGAGCCCCACGCCCACCCCAGAACCAGGGGCUGAUCCUCAUGGACCCUGGGUGUGCUCUACCAGGGGGCUCUGCCAGCAGCCGGGCCGGGGCCACGGAGAUGCUGCUGGGCUGUCUUCUCUGCCCCAUUCGAGGGGUGACACCCAGAAGCCCCGUGGGGUCCUCCCUUCUUCCCCAAGGCACCCCUGACCCCAACCUGAGCUGGGGACAGCCCUGGAGCCUGCGGCUGAGCCUGCAGAGAGCCCCAGGUCCUGGGGAGCUAUGUGGGCCGGGCUCCCUGUGCUGUCUCAGAGUCAGCAGGGAGUAGCACACUCCCCUCUGGCUGGAGACCCCCCCGAGACGCCCGCCUACCGCAAGUGUCAGGUUUAGGACGUCUCCCCUGAGCGAAGUCAGGGGCUCUGCCCCAGCCAUGCCUGUGUCCAGGAGGGAGCAGGCCGGUCAGGCGAACCUCCCCUAGGACCCAGCUGAGCAGUGGGGCUCCAGGCCUUUACGUUCUGGCAGCUCAGGGAGCUGCUUGGAACUUGGUGCAGCCCGGGAGGUGGGGCUGGGAGCAGCCCUGGCCCUGCUUCUCUCCUCCACCGCCCCGGGUCCUUUCAGGAGUGGACUCCCGUGGGGAGGGGGUCUUUCAAACAGCAGGGAAGUGCGUGGCCUCGUGGGGCAGCGCUGAGGCACCUCCCACAGGAGCCGGGAGUGAGGGCUGGAGGGGUCCGCAUCCAGGAAGGGGGAGGGUGCCUGGAGACCAGCCCCAGGUGGAGGCCGUCAGCCGGCAGGGCGGGGUGCGAGGGGCCGGUGCGGGCAGCCUCCUGUUUAGAGGAAAAGAGAACGGAGGGCAGGGCUCAGGGAGGGCAAGGAAGGGAGCCCGGCUCCGCUGGCUCAGUCCGCGGCACCCCCGUCCUGGGGCUCAGCCCCCAGGGGCCCUGGCUUGGGUGGGCCGGCGGCUGUCAGGGGCCAGAGCCCUGAUGGAUAAGCGCUGACGGCCCCUCUCCCGCGCCCCGCGCCGCUGACACCCAUCACGCCGCGGCGGGGACCCGGGAGACCUGGCGGCCUCUGUGCACACCAGCGGCAGCCUGCGGGCAACGGGGGCGGGAGGCGCCGGGCGCCCCUGACUCGGCCGCACACCUGCGCCGCUGUCCGCUCUCCGGGCGCUGCCUCCCGGGUUCCCGGCCGCUCCACCGCGCGCCCCAAGAGCUGAGCCGGUCCCGGCGCACGAGGCCGGUGGCCAUGGUGCCCGGCCCUGCCUCAUAGCAGGCUGCCAUGUCACGGGAGGCGGGCUCAUGCCGCGUGGGCACAGGGGCGAGGGCACGGUCUCGGAAGCCCAAGAAGCCACACUACAUCCCGCGGCCCUGGGGCAAACCCUACAACUACAAAUGCUUCCAGUGCCCCUUCACCUGCCUGGAGAAGUCGCACCUCUACAACCACAUGAAGUACAGCCUCUGCAAGGACUCCCUGUCCCUGCUGCUAGACUCCCCAGACUGGGCGUGCCGCCGCGGCUCCACCACGCCUAGGCCCCGCGCACCCACCCCAGACCGCCCCGGGGAGUCCGACCCCGGCAGGCAACCCCAGGGAGCACGGCCCACAGGUGCUGCCCCGGCACCUGACCUCAUGGUCGCCGACGUCCACUCCCUGCACUGUGGCGGAGGCCCCAAGUCCAGGGCCAAGGGGUCCCCAGGGCCACCACCCCCUGUGGCUAGGGCCACCCAGAAGGGUGCCGGCCCCAGUGGGCUCCUGCCUGAGUCGUGGAAGCCAGGGAUUGGAGGGGACCCAAGGGGCGUGGGUGCGGGGGACAUGGCCUCAGCAGGCCCUGAGGGCAGCGUCCCCUGCUAUCCCCCGCCUGCCCCAGGGGAGUUCCCUGAGGCCCACAGCCUCCACCUGUCUCUGCUGGGCGUCAACUACCCACUCAGCCCAGGCCUCUUCUCCUACUUGGGGCCCUCACUGGCCGCUGCAGCCCAUGUGCCCUUCCUGGCCUCGGCCAGCCCCCUGCUGCCCCCGGCCUCGGCCUUCCCAGCCGUGCAGCCCCCUCAGCGCCCCACCCCGGCCCCACGCCUGUACUACCCGCUGCUUCUGGAGCACACUCUGGGGCUGCCAGCAGGCAAAGCUGCCCUUGCCAAGGCCCCUGUCUCCCCCAGGAGCCCCUCUGGGACUCCGGCUCCUGGCCUGCUGAAGGUGCCAGUUCCAGGGCUGGGGCCCUGGCCCCGAGUCACCCCCAGGGACCCAGGGCAGGAGGGGGAGCUGGAGCGGGCAGCCCAGAGUGACCCCAGGAGGAGGCUGUCCCUGGGAAGCAGGCUGGAGCUUCCGAAGGCAUCCCCCAGCCUGACAAGGUUCUGUUCCCGGAGCAGCCUGCCCACCGGCUCCUCUGUGAUGCUGUGGCCUGAGGACAGGGAGCCAGGCGGCCCCGAGACCCCCGGCCCUGAGGGCCCCCUCCUCCCGCAGCCACGGGGCCCAGUGCCAGGAAGCCCGGAGCAUGUGGGCGAGGACCUGACCCGGGCCCUCGGUGACUACGCCAGGGUGGAGCAGCGCCUGGGACAGUUGGGGCCCGCGGGGGGCCUGGCCCCGAGACCCCUGCGGGAGCAGCUGGGCAAGAUCCGCCUGGAGCUGCUCACCAUUCACCAGGCACUGGAGCGGGCCGUGAGGCCGCCAGAUGCACCCCUCGACCUCUCAGUGAAACGUGCACCCGCCAAGGGGCCCCAGGCUCUUGGAGAGGCGUGGGGGCGGCCCGAGCUGGGUCCCGUGUUGACCGGGGGCACCCCCGAGCCACCCAGCAUGCUGGGCCCUGCAGCGCCCCAACCCUUCUCCGGCCACACCACCAAGUGUGAGGCCGACUCCAGCGUCCCACCCCCAGGGCUCCCCCUCCCAGCCCCAGAUGACCCUGUCAUUCCUGGCAGUGGCUGGGGCACCUGUGUUUCGACGGGGAGUUCCCAGACCCCUGAGGCUGUCUGUGGCCUGCAGAGCCCCCAGGACGCCGAGGUCUGACCUGCAGCGCCUGAGGUCCGACUGUCUCUGCCUGCAGCAUGCCGGCCCCUCUCCUGCAGCCCCUGCCCCUCACCUGCCUGGGACCUGCCCCGCCUCCACAUGCAUGUGGAUAGACCCCCACGGGCCGUGGCCAACGCUUGUCCCUGGGGCCACACAGGGACACUGGAGGUCACAGUUAUUUAUUGAUCACAAUCGUGGACAUUAAAACAGAAACUGUUCACA